GCCAACAUUUAAAGGAAAAAAAGAAUAAAACUCUUUCUGAGGGAGCGAGAUUUUGGGGUUCAUUCAUCAGUUGGUCAGGUUGGUUGUGAUCUUAAGACAUGGCUAUUGAAGAAGAAGAAACUAUAGAGCAAGCGGCGGCAGCUCGUCGUGAGAGGUUGAAAGCUCUCAAAGCUGCUCAACAACUUCUUGAAAAUCCCGAGGAUGAUGGAGCUCCGGACAGUGAUAAACCUGACGGUGAAAAUGGAACUGACGAUGAAGACAAUGAUGUCAAUGUCAAAUUCCGAAAUUACCUACCUCAUGAUAAGCAGCUUCAGGAGGGUAAACUUGCUCCACCCCAGUUACCGAAGUUUGAAGACCCUGUUGCUAGUGAACCUCCAGUUGAAGAGAAAAAAGAGGAUCCUUUCUUGAACAUUGCCCCCAAAAAGCCAAACUGGGAUCUUAGAAGGGAUGUUCAGAAGAAACUUGAUAAGCUUGAAAAGCGCACACAGAAGGCCAUCUUUCAAGUUAUGGAGCAACAAGAAAAACAAAAGCUAUUGGCUGAAGAUGGUAGAGAAGAUGAUUCUGAGAACUCGAAAACAGCUUUCUAAGGAUUGGAUACACUUCUGGGCGGUUUUUAUAGAGCGUCCUUGUGAGAGUCUUCAUGGGAAAGGACGCUAGACACCAUUAUCACCGAGUGUCCAUCUUUAUUCGUCUUCAAGCAAGAGUCCUCGUGAGGACUAUUAAAGACGCAGGAUGGUGGGCCAGCGAGGAGCGGAUGUGAGUAAAAGAAAAUCCUUUUUUUAUUGUUUUAUUAUUUCCAAAGUCUUGAGGAAGCUUGUCUUAUAGACAGAGAAAGUCCUGGGGGGAGUCCUACUGAUGUGGCAGAUAAGAAGCUUGAGGACUCUAAUUCUUAUAAGAACCGGCCUUACUUGUGAAUGUAACUUGGUUUUUAACAACUUUCUAUUUUUCUAUUUAAUGAAACAAUUGUCCGUUUUGAAAAAAAGGUUUUUAAAAAGCCUAGUUAGCAAAA